AUGAAUCGUGCCAUACUCUCACUCUGCCGUAGUGCUCCAUUGCUACGACGUGGACUGCAUAAAGGUGUAGACUCGACACCUCCUCUUCGUUGGACUUCUGUCGGUGAAAGGGUUGGGCGACGACCUGUGGUGAAAGCUAAGCUCGCCGUGGCAUGGCUGCUUAGUUUGGGGAAAAGUCUCUUUGCCACUCCAGCAUAUUCACUGCCUCAGUACCCUGCACACUGGGCCCUGCCGUCUCAGACGUCGGACGGUAUGGCGACCGGUGAGAGGCGAUCAAAUCUCAGGUUGCUCAGGACGUCAUUGAUUCUGGACCAAGGCGACACACGCACGACUCGCCAUGGAGACUGUCUCAGACUGUGUACUUACAACGCGAGAACAGUUUCCACAGACGCCGACCUGCAUGCCCUUCUCGGAGCUGCAGAGCGUAUCAAAUUUCACGUGAUUGCUCUGCAGGAGACCAAGUGCAGAAGGAGCGACGUACGACAGAUGAAUGACGGUACACUCGUCAUUCGUGGAGAGAAGGUUCCGUCGCGAAAUGUAGGCGGUGUUGGUUUCGUUGUGCACCCAUCUGUCGUCCAUCUCGUCGAUUCUCACGAGAUCCUGUCACCUCGUCUGGCCAUUCUUCGCCUCCGCCCUCUGCGCCAAAAAUCCAUCAGUAUCAUCAACUGCUAUUCACCAACAUCAGCAGCUGAUGAUUCCGAAUUGGACGCGUUUUACGAGGAGCUGGAGGAAGUAGUCCACAACGAGAAGUCCUUUUACAAAUUCGUUGUCGGAGACUUCAACGCAAAACUAGGAAAGGCCACAGAAGAGGAAUACAGGAUUGGAAGAUUUGGACUAGGGGACCGGAAUGAAAAUGGCAAUCGUCUCGCCGGGCUGUUGUCCGCCGCUCGCCUCUUUCAUGGGAACUCUCUUUUCAUGAAAAAAGAUCAUCGUCGGUGGACAUGGGAAUCGCCCAAUGGCGCGACUCGUGCGGAGAUCGACCACAUACUCACCAACCGGAGGUGGUGUCUACUUGACGUCUCAGUAGUACCAUCCUUUUGUAGUGGUUCUGAUCACCGUCUCCUUCGUGCGAAAAUACGACUUAGCCACACGAUGGAAAAGAACAUCUGCUAUCGGCAACGAAGGAGAAAAGAAGUCGUCUACGACGAUUGCGUACUCGAGGACUCCCUGUCCCAAGGUGACUGGCACAUCGAGGAGGACCCAAACGUGGACUACGAGAUGCUGCUCAGAGGAUUACGAGCCUGUGCUGAACGUGCCUCGAAGUCGCGCACGACAAACUUGGAUCGAAUUUCGAAGACCACCAAGGAAUUGUUAGGAAGAAGGAGGGCUUUGAGGCUUGAUCCGAAUGCAUCGCACAUUGAGCGGUUAGUAGCAAACACUAGCUGCAGAAAAGCGUUGCGGGAGGAUCUUUUGAAGUACAGGCAGAAGAAGAUUCUAGAAGCAGCACAAAGAAGAACGAGUCUAAAGAAGUGCCGCAGGGACCUCCGCGAAUAUAAUAUUCCGCUAGCAACCUUGCUGAGCGAAGACGGGACUCGCACGUCUUCUCGUCGUGAGAUGGAAAUCAUUACGGAGAGGACGCUGGAUGAAGCCCAGCCUCAAGAACAAGCUGGAUUCCGCCAAGGGUUCAGCUGCUUGGACCACAUCCAGACCGUGUCGAGGGUCAUAGAGGUUUGCCGGGAAUACCGCCUGCCCCUUGUUCUAACCUUCGUCGACUAUGAGAAAGCCUUUGACAGCGUAGAAACGAAUGCAAUACUGUCAGCGCUGGUCGAUCAAGCUUUUCCACCGCCCUCUCACCAUACCCAUUGGAAAGGGGUACGACAAGGCGAUACUAUAUCGCCGAAGCUGUUCACGGCUGCAUUGCAAUGGAUAAUGAAAUCACUAUCCUGGGAAGAAAGGGGCAUACGUGUUGAUGGAAGAUUUCUUUCGAACCUUCGUUUCGCGGACGACAUCGUUCUCUUUUCGAGCAGCACCAAUGAAGCAGAAACGAUGCUCAACGAAUUGAACGAAGCAGGGAAGAGAAUAGGACUACGAAUAAACAGAAAAAAGACACAGUUCAUGAAGAACGCGCACUGCGAGGACGGAGGAGUACAACUUGAAGGCUCCCAAAUCGUGGAAACUCCGUCAUACGUAUACCUCGGACGUUCUAUGAACACGGAAAACGACUUGAAGGAAGAACUGAAUAGAAGAAUGAGAGCAGCAUGGGCAGCAUUCGCAGCCGUCAGGGAAGCUGCGGACCAACUGACGGACCAUGAUCUUCGUGCCCAUCUGUUCGACUCGACAGUCCUUCCAGCGCUCUGUUACGCAGCGGAGACGUGGGCAGACACCGCGGCCACGUCUAGGAAGCUACUUACUACCCACAGAGCCCUUGAGAGAUGUCUCCUGAAGUUUAACCGGCGCACACAACACCUUGCCGGUCUUCGUAGCUCCGACUUAAGAGGAAUGUCCCGUCUUCGCGACCCAGCGGAAUAUGUAUCGAAAGCAAAACAUAGAUGGGCCGGUCACAUCAUGAGAAGAAUCGACGAUAGAUGGACUAAAAGAACGCUAGAGUGGAUCCCAAGGGAUGCUAAACGCCCCCGAGGGAGACCGCCAACGAGAUGGAGUGACGUGUUCGCUGCACGGAUGGACCAGCUGAGAGCUCAGCUGGAUACGGCUCAAGGACCUCGUCAACGUCACUCACGAAGCUUGAGAACAUCUUGGAUGACAAUGGCGAGGGAACGAAACGAGUGGAAGAGAUGCUGGGGCCCGCACGUCGAGUGA